AUGAUACCUCAAAAACGACUGCUCACAACGGAAGAUAUCGAGAUAUGGAAAAACUCCUCGGUAUGCGAAAACUUGCUGGAGUACAUCCGCGAAUUGGCAACAUCUGUAGAAGGGUUCCAAAAUGAGGAGGUGCAAGAACCUAUCGAAGAAUCCGUGGAAAAUACCAUGCUGCUGCUGGAGCAGAUCCACAAGGUCGUUGACAAUUUUCCAGUGAUAGAGGAUGCAGAAACAUCGAGGUUCGGUAAAGUAGAGUUCCGCAGUUUUUACGAUGAGCUAAAAUCGAGUUCGCAAAGCAUGAUUUCUCAACACUUUACAACUCUUAGCGAAUCACAAGUCGAAGAACUGGCCGUGUAUCUCACCGAAUCCUGGGGUGAUCGUGAGAGAAUUGACUAUGGUUCGGGCCACGAAUUGAAUUUCGUGUGUUUCCUUUAUGGGCUGCGAGAGUGCGGUGUAAUUAGUAGGUCUCAGAACAGAAACGUCGUGUUGAAAACGUUUCUCAAAUACCUGUCACUCAUGCGAUUACUUGAAACCAAAUAUUGGCUUGAGCCUGCCGGCUCUCAUGGAGUAUGGGGGCUGGAUGAUUACCACUUCCUUCCCUUUCUGUUCGGCGCCUUCCAGUUGUCGACCCACAAAAAUCUCCGGCCAAAGUCUAUUCACAACCCUGACAUGGUAGAAAUGUUCGCGCACAAAUAUCUGUAUUUCGGCUGCAUAUCCUUCAUCAACGAAGUGAAAACGACAGCUACGCUCAGGUGGCACUCUCCCAUGCUGGACGAUAUCAGUGGCGUAAAAUCCUGGUCAAAAGUUGCUGAAGGCAUGGUUAAAAUGUAUAAGGCGGAGGUUUUGAGCAAGCUUCCGAUCAUGCAGCACUUUUUCUUUGGCACAUUUCUAUCCUGCCCUGAAGGCAUAUCUCCACCGGGGUCGCACACCCAUUCCGACAAUCAUAAUUGCAAGCACCACUCGCUGCAAAACACCUGGGGUGACUGCUGUGGUAUCAGAGUGCCUAGCGCUAUCGCUGCCACUGGAAGUCAGAGGAAUGGAACCAAAAGAUUACCAUUCGAUUGA